AUGGAUUGGGUUAAAGUUAAUACAGACAAUGCCUCUAUGGGAAACCCCGGGGUGGCCGAAGCGGAUGGACUAAUAAGAGAUGAGGAUGAUCAGUGGCUCACGGGAUUUGGUCAGAAAAUCGGGAUUGCCACCUCAGUAAUUGCAGAGCUUUGGGGAGUCCUAUUUGGGCUUGAAGAAGAAUGGCAUCUUGGCUUUCGAUGUGUUGUUUUAGAGAUGGAUUCCCUAAUGGUCCAGGAUUUGAUCAGUAUUCGUGGUCCUAAUGCACCUCAAUUAGCAACUUUGUUCAUUCUCUUGUCUCAAAUUGAUCAAUCGAAUUAUCUUCUGAUCCGAGAAAGCCAAAGAGACAUGACAGACCUAUUUACUCCGUACAAGCUGGGCAACUUCAACCUCUCCCACAGGAUCGUGCUAGCACCCAUGACGAGAUGCAGAGCAAUGAAUGGCAUUCCGUCGGCAGCUCAUGUUGAGUACUAUACCCAGAGGACGACCCCCGGCGGACUCCUCAUCACAGAAGGCACCCUCAUCUCGGACACAGCUGCCGGGUUUCCGCAAACUCCGGGGAUUUAUACAGAAGAACAAGUCGAAGCCUGGAAGGAGGUCGUCGAUAGUGUUCAUGCCAAAGGUGGCUUCAUUUUCUGUCAGUUGUGGCACGUCGGCCGUGCUUCCCAUACCGUCUAUCAGCCUGGAGGCAAUGCACCGAUUUCAUCAACGAACAAGGGCAUAUCGGAUAAAUGGGAGAUCAUAAUGCCAGACGGGAGCCUGGGGCCGCUAUCGCAGCCUCGCGCCCUAAAGACAUCUGAAAUACCGCACGUAAUAGAAGAUUAUCGUCAGGCAGCAAUAAAUGCCAAUCGAGCAGGUUUUGAUGGAGUUGAGAUUCAUGGGGCUCACGGCUAUCUCAUAGAUCAAUUCUUGAAAGAUGUAAUCAAUGACCGGACUGACGAGUACGGUGGAUCGAUCGAGAACCGGUGCAGAUUCUUGAUGGAGAUAGUGCAAGCAGUCGUUGCAGUGGCCGGUGUUGGUCGUGUCGGGGUUAGAAUUUCACCUGCUAUUGACCACAUGGACGCCAUGGACUCUGAUCCGCUUAACCUUGGCCUUGCGGUCAUCGAGAGACUAAAUGCACUUCAAGAACAACUGGGCUUGAAGCUCGCUUACCUACACGUGACCCAACCUCGGUUCACGGUGGCUGGAACCAAAAAUUUAGGCGAAGGAGGUGAAGAGGCGAAGCUGAUGCGCGCUUGGAGGAGGGCAUAUCAAGGCACUUUCAUGAGCAGUGGCGGUUACACUCGGGAGCUGGGGAUGAAAGAUGUGGUCAAUGGAGAUGCCGAUUUAAUAUCAUAUGGCCGGCUCUUCAUUUCGAACCCCGACUUGGUCUUCCGGUUCAAGAUUAACGCGCCAUUGAAUGAGUACAAUAGAGGGACUUUCUAUACCUCAGACCCUGUUAUUGGGUACACAGAUUACCCCUUUCUUAGGGAGUGAAAUUAAUGGCACGAAACUUCAGUGAGGGAGUUGCCUUUAUUUAUAUUUUGUUUUUUCUUUUCAUUUUAAUUUAAUUUAUAUCUUUUUGUGUGCCUUUUUUUUCAUUUUAAUAGUUUAGGAUUUACAAUAAUAAUAAUUGUGAGCUUAUUAGGCUUCCAUAAAUAUUGUAACAUAUGCUCAACAGCCAAUUCACGUGCUAAGACUCAUUUCUUAAUUUU